UCAUUUUGACGCUCUUUUGCCAUGCUUCGCGUUCACCUUCUAUUUCUGCUCCCUUUCAUGCCCACUUCCCCGUAGUUGAUGUUCUUACCCGCCAUCACGCAGAGCUCAGGAAAACCGUCACAGCGUAGCGAAGGCCCGAGGAGUAGACAAAGAUGGACGAUUAUACGAGAGAAAUGAUGGACUUGAAGACUCUCGUCACUCGGACUCUCGAGAAGAAGGGUGUCCUCGCCAAGAUCCGUGCUGAACUUAGAGCCAGUGUGUUUGAGGCAAUUGAAGAAGAGGAUCGUGUUAUUGACAAAGAUGAAGGCUUGCCACCUGCAUUACUUGGUAGUUGCAAUGAUCGAGCAAAGCAGCUUCACGCUUCACCAUCAGGGGGUCUGCUUACUGCUCUAAUUUGUGAAUAUUUGGAUUGGGCUCAGCUAAACCACACUCUAAAAGUUUAUCUCCCAGAGUGCAAUAUGCAAAAGGAUUCUUGGAAAGCUGAAUUGAAGGAAUUUAGUAUUAAAAACGGAUAUGAUCUUAACAGAAAUGGAGAUAGUGGACCGUUGCUCUUGGAUGUUCUUGAGGGAUUCUUGAAGUUUGAGAAUUUAUCUCAAACUCGGGGUCCUGGAAGGAGAAUAACCACUUCAGAAUCUGAUUCAAUGUCCAGUCACGAGUCUCGAAACAGUAGGAGACCUUCUUCAUCUGUUGUUGGGGGAUUACCUCCGAUAGGAAGGUCUGGUGCUGGUUCACAGGCAUCUGAUAGCAGGAGGGUAGGAUCUUCUUUGUCUGGUUAUCGAAAAGAUGAAUACAGUUGGCGAUACGAUGGGAAUGACCUUCCCGAGGAUGUUAUGAGAACCUCAGCUGCAUUGGAAAACCUGCAACUGGAUCGAAAAGCUAGAAAUCUAACCUCGUCUUGGCGACAUGGGGGAGACGGUAUCGGUGAGGAUGAUAGCAGAGGUGAACAUAUGUAACAUGGAAAUCGUUGUAGUGUAUUUCUUAACCUGUCCACAUUAAUCCAUGGUAGUGUUGAUGUUGAAGAUUAUGUACUUUGCUUUUGUUUGAGCAUUUUUUUUCUCUUCUCAAUUCUUCUUACAAACUCUCAAGCCCUGCUGUAGUUUUUGAUGUAUUCGAGUGAUAUGAGAAUGAAAAAAGAGGCAUUCGUCAAUCUUUGCGAGAUCA